UAAGAAUAGAUAAUUCAAGCAAUUCAUAAAUGGCGCUAUAUUACGUCGAAAGAAAAUUCAGGGCCGCGUUCGAAAAUCUGUCGGUCAGAGUGCAGAAUUCGACCGACCAAUCAGAGGCCGAGGAUCUCUCCGUCCCGAUUGGUCAAUCGAUCGCUUCACCCUAGGUGGACAAAUUUUCGAACGCAGUCCCAUCUAGAGUACUGCCCUCUAGUGCAACUUCGCAUUAUUCGCGGUGAACAUUUGCGCGCCAUCGCCGGUCCCCGAAAGUGUCAAUAUUAAUUAGUAGCAUCGUUAAUUAUCUACAUCUACAUCGUGAAUUAUCGUAUAAAUCCGUUCGCGAUUGCACACGCGAGAUUCAUCUCGCCGGCCGCGAAUUCCGCGUCUCACCUUCGAAGGAUCACGUGACUUCGCGGCUCGAGCUUCGCCUGAAGUUCGUGAAGUUCGCGUUCGCGAGUUCACGGGGACGGAUCGCGACAAUUGCGCUGCGCUUUUGGCGCGAAAAUUUCCGGAGUUUUUCGACGUUGUCGGUCGCGUUCCGAGCGGACAUUCGCGUAUUUCCGGUCGUACUUUCGCGUCAUCCUGUCAAAGCGUCUUUCCGCGACAAGCAGAACUCGUAAUUCUCGCCAAAAUCUCGCCGACAACGAAGCCGGUCGCGCCACCAUCUUGACUUUGAAAUCGGAAGAAAUAUAUUUAUUUAUUUUUUAAUAAGUUUUUAAUAAUUUAUUUAUUUUUUAUUUUAUUUUAUAUAGUUUAAUUGUCAAAUAUAUUCAGUGAAAAGUGAAAAUUAGUGAAUAUUCAAUUCGGGAGUGUCGGCGACUUCAAAAUGCGUCGCGAGGAAGUCGUCCUCGUUCGACGGGCCCUUUGACAAGUGGCCUUGGAAAAAAGCGGCGACGCGAGAAAGGAGCAUCGGUUUCGUUCGCGCGCGAAUAUGCUCUCGCGAGUCUCGCGUUUUACCGAAACGCGUCGAAAAUAUGAUAAAUGAAAUCCGGCGUCGCCGCUCGUCGCGAACGAAAACAAUUGAGUAACGCGAGUGCAAGUGUGUUUCCAAGUGCUUCUUCUAUACGAGGAUUAUUCCCGACGCAGAGGUUUGGUUUUCUGCAAAAAAUGGUGCCGGGGAGGAAUCCGGAAAAUGCCGAGAUCGGAGAAUAAAAUAGUCGAAAUCUCCGCCGUCGAAGAACCCCUGGGCCUACAAAACACGCCACGAAGGGGAAUUCGUCCUUAUUUAUCCUACGCAGCGCGCGCCUCUGUCCUUGAACAGGUCGGGAGGAAAGAGAGGGCUUAUAUCUCUCUAUCGCUCGCCUCGAGUUACACUACGCAGGACGAUUCACAACGCGAUAAAGACAACGUCGCGGAAUAAUAAAAAGACACAACGGGUGAUGCAAUCCACCUCGGAUCCUGCUCGCCGUGGAAGGAAAAGUCUGCGAGUGCCGGCAUUAUUGUAACGGCGCGGUUCUCCGAGACUGAGACCGAGAUAUAUCAGCCUUUCCCUCACCUGUUUCUUACCUCGUCAUCCCGUUCUCACCUCUAGGCUCUUUCGGCUUCUCGUCUCGCCCGCACUCGACACCGGUGCGCGCGAGUUCCGUGUGCGUGUCGCGUUGACGUAUAUCGCGUGUGUGUGCGCGUGAGUCGUUGACGGACUCGGCGGCCUGUAACCUCGUGACAGCAGCUGGUGAUAUUCGAGGGAGAGCGGCAGCUGAAAUCAACACCGAGAGAUAUUCGUCGUCUUCGACGUCGCAUCAUGCGGCUCUUCGGGAUAUCCUCGAAGCGCUCCUCCUCCGUCAGCGAAAUCGAUAUGAGCAUCUUUCUCUUUAACGGGUUCCUCUUACUGGGCUUCGUCGUGGCCACGGUACCGGAUGUUCUGGUGCUGGGUUCACCGGGAGCCGCGAAAAUAAUGGACCGGGAGCCGCCCCCGAAGAAGUGCAGCUACAGCAAAGCUUAUUCGCUGCUGGAAGCGCGAUGCUCCAAUCUGGAAUUGCACGAAAUCCCGUUAAAUUUGAUGGCGGAAAUACAGGUGCUGGACGUUAGCGGGAAUCGCGUGAGGGAACUGACGAACGACAGUCUGCAUCCUUACAAGAAGCUGACCUUCAUCUAUCUGGGUGACAAUUUCAUCCAGACAAUCGAGGAGGCAGCCUUCGCCAGUCAGCCUUACCUGGAGGUGCUUGAUCUCACGCAGAACGGUUGCGACACUCUGCCCAAGAGCCUCUUCCAAUUGCCGUAUCUUCGCACGCUCUACCUCGGCCACAACAAGCUCACCGAUUCCGUGUUCAAGGUGAAGGUCACCUCGCCUCUCAGACUGCUGCAGCUGACCAAGAACAAGCUGACCGCGAUCCCGAACAUAGGCCCCCAGCCGGCUCUCCUUACUCUCAACGUGUCCGACAACGUCAUCACCUCGAUCAAUCCCGAGGAUCUGGCGCCGUUCUGCUCGCUGAAGGAGCUCGAUCUAACCAGGAAUGGCAUCAGAUUCGACGCGGGCAGCUGCGACUGUCAGACGUUCAUCGCCUGGGUGAAGCUACGGAAGAUCAAGAUGAAGCCCGCCCAUCUCUACAAUUGCACCGAUGCACCGGCGGCUCUGAACGAGGACUGCGCCAACGUGGGAUUCAGCAAUCGGACGUACGAGCUGUUCGACGAGUGCUCUGCUAUCAUACAGAAGGAGGAGGAGAUCGAGAAGGCUCGAUCGAUCUGGAUACUCGUCGCCUCGUGCGUCUCGGUGUUCCUCUUCGUGGUCUUCGUGGCGUUGUUUUGCGUGCACAAGCGGAACCGCAGGCGACGCAGGAAGCAGAAGGAGCAGCAACAGCUGACGGCGAACAACGCCAACACCGAGCUGCUCAACAGCAACCUGACGUCCGGUAAUUCGUGAAAUAAUCGCCGACAGAACGUAGAAUCCUGUAAGAAGGGCUGUUUCUGGCGUUGACAAUGCGAGAGUAGAAUUUUAAGCGAGAAGGGGAUGAAAGUGUAAGAGUUAUUUGAGAAAUAAACGAUGUUUUUGCUAUAAGUAAGAGAAAGAGAGAGAGAGAGAGAGAGCGAGAACUGUUGGUAUUUAUUGAAAGAGUUUAAUCGACAGAGGAUUCACAGAGAAUUUAAUCGGAUAUAUAUUUACGUGCCUAAGUUUGUAUCUGAUCAUCAUUAAUACACAUCGCGCAAUGUUCAAUAAACGUAAGAUUAUUAUAAUAGCUCGAAUACUGCUCCUGGCGCGAUUGCCAUUUUUUGAAAAAUAUAUUACAAAUUUUUGAGAAAGAGUGAGAUACAUAUAUUAUAUAGCCUCUUGAACAAAGGCGUUAUGAUCAACAAAAGCGUUAUUAAUUAUCAUCCAGAAGCCGGAGAUAUCAAGUAAAAUACGUUGGACUUUUAAUGGUACUUAUUGUUGAAGAUUACUUAAGACUCUGAAUGGAAAAAAAUGAGAAACCAGGCUUUAUCGAAAGUAAUCAAUGAAGAAGACAGCUCCGCGGAGAUUAAUAUAUAUAUAUAUAUACUUAUAUAAGAUAUAAACGCGUUAACUUAUAAAAAAAAAAUGUGUAAAUGUUAUUAUAUUGUGUUCGCAUAUAUAAUGGUUACAAUAUUUACAUAUAAGAAUCUAUGUGAAUGUGGCGGAAUUUUUGAGAAACUCUGCGUGUUUGAACGAAUAUUAUCUCACUAUACUCUUCACGAUGAUAUAUGUAGGAAGAAAUGUCGGCGUUAAUUUCUUCGAAGCCGGUCGAAUAAGCUUCUCGAAAGCCGAUCGCUCAAUGUCGUCGCGUGCUUUUUGUCGAUGUAAUAGCGAUGCGAAAACGUGCAUUUACGGUUUAUACGGUACUUAAGCGGAAUUUUCUUCCUCGGAGGGAUUUUGCGACGCCAAAGGGAAUUUUUUCUUUUUUUUAUAUCCAAGUGUCGAUGGUUUUCCUGUCGAAAAACUCUUCUUAUUUACAAUUUUGCGGGUAUUUUCAUUUCUUAUCUCAAACUUAAUUUAACUCUAUUUAUUAAUUAGUUUAGUAGUUCUAAUCGAAACUCGAUGUAUUUAUUUGUAACUGUGCUUGUACGCACAUUUAUUAUUAUUAUUAUUAUUAUUAUUAUUAUUAGUUACAGAAUCUGAUGCGCUUAUUUCUUCGAAACUCUCGACAUUUUCCUUCUUUCUGUUUCUGACAAACAUUUUUAUUAUGUGAAUAUAUCUGUGUAUAUUAUUGUAAAUUGCUAUAUACAUUUAGAUGAUAAACAAUUAAGUUAAUAUAUAUUAUAUAUAAUGUAUGCAAAAAUUUUACAUACUAAAAUCUUUUUAGUAUGUAAAAGAAUAAUGUCGAUUAACCGUAUUUUAAAUUUUCAUUCUGUGCUUUAUUUAGUUCCUGAGUACUUAUUUAUUUCAUACGGGUAUAAGAGAUUGUUUUACUUUAUCUUAAUAUAUCAUAAGACAAAUAGAGUAUAACAGUAUCAUUGAAAUGAUUAAUGUAACUUACACUUAAAACGUAUAUAUGAUGUACGCAUUUUACAAAUAUGUCAAAAAACUUUUAUACUAAUUUCCACGUUACUUUUUAAUAUGUAUGGAAAAUCUUUAUAUGUACAGAGAUAUUGAAACUUGGAGGUCCAUAAUAAAUCGUCUUCAAGCAAAAA